AUGCUUGCUGCCAAAAACAUACUAAACAAGUCUAGCUUGUCCAGCUCUUUCCGUAUUGCCACACGUUUGCAAUCCACCAAGGUUCAAGGUUCCGUCAUUGGUAUCGAUUUAGGUACUACAAAUUCUGCGGUGGCUAUUAUGGAAGGUAAGGUUCCUAAAAUUAUUGAGAACGCCGAAGGUUCUAGAACUACCCCUUCUGUAGUGGCGUUCACUAAAGAGGGAGAGCGUUUGGUCGGUAUUCCAGCCAAGCGUCAAGCCGUUGUGAACCCAGAAAAUACCCUAUUUGCUACCAAGCGUUUGAUCGGUCGUCGUUUUGAAGACGCCGAGGUGCAAAGAGAUAUCAAACAAGUUCCAUACAAGAUUGUCAAGCACUCCAACGGGGAUGCUUGGGUGGAAGCUAGAGGUCAAACUUACUCUCCAGCCCAGAUCGGUGGGUUCGUCUUGAACAAGAUGAAGGAGACUGCUGAGGCCUACUUGGGUAAGCCAGUUAAGAACGCUGUUGUCACCGUUCCUGCUUAUUUCAACGACUCUCAAAGACAAGCUACCAAGGACGCAGGUCAAAUUGUUGGUUUGAACGUUUUACGUGUCGUCAAUGAACCAACUGCUGCUGCCUUGGCUUAUGGUUUGGAAAAAUCUGACUCUAAAGUCGUUGCCGUUUUCGAUUUGGGUGGUGGUACUUUCGAUAUCUCCAUCUUGGAUAUUGAUAACGGUGUCUUCGAAGUCAAGUCCACUAACGGUGACACCCAUUUGGGUGGUGAAGAUUUCGACAUCUAUUUGCUGAGAGAAAUUGUCUCCCGUUUCAAGACCGAAACUGGUAUCGACUUGGAAAACGAUCGUAUGGCUAUCCAAAGAAUCAGAGAAGCUGCUGAAAAGGCUAAGAUUGAGUUAUCCUCGACCGUUUCCACUGAAAUUAAUCUGCCAUUUAUCACUGCUGACGCCUCCGGUCCAAAGCAUAUCAACAUGAAGUUCUCCAGGGCUCAAUUCGAGACUUUGACCGCUCCAUUGGUUAAGAGAACUGUCGACCCAGUCAAAAAGGCUUUGAAAGACGCCGGUUUGGCCACUUCAGACAUCUCUGAGGUCUUAUUGGUCGGUGGUAUGUCCAGAAUGCCUAAGGUUGUCGAAACCGUCAAAUCUCUGUUCGGUAAGGACCCAUCCAAGGCUGUCAACCCAGAUGAAGCUGUUGCCAUUGGUGCUGCUGUGCAAGGUGCUGUUUUGUCUGGUGAGGUUACCGAUGUCCUGCUAUUGGAUGUUACCCCAUUGUCUCUAGGUAUUGAAACUUUGGGUGGUGUUUUCACAAGAUUGAUUCCAAGAAAUACUACUAUUCCAACAAAGAAAUCUCAAAUCUUCUCCACCGCCGCCGCCGGUCAAACUUCUGUUGAAAUCAGAGUUUUCCAAGGUGAAAGAGAAUUGGUUAGAGACAACAAAUUGAUUGGUAACUUCACUUUAGCUGGUAUCCCACCUGCUCCAAAGGGUGUACCACAAAUCGAAGUCACUUUCGACAUCGACGCCGAUGGUAUCAUCAAUGUUUCUGCUAGAGACAAAGCUACAAACAAGGACUCUUCUAUCACUGUUGCCGGCUCUUCUGGUUUAUCUGAAAACGAAAUCGAACAAAUGGUUAACGAUGCUGAAAAAUUCAAGUCUCAAGAUGAAGCUAGAAAGCAAGCCAUUGAAACUGCCAACAAGGCCGACCAAUUGGCUAACGAUACUGAAAACUCCUUGAAAGAAUUCGAAGGUAAGGUUGACAAGGCUGAAGCCCAAAAGGUUAGGGAUCAAAUCACUACCUUGAAGGAAUUAGUUGCUAGAGUACAAGGUGGUGAAGAAGUUAACGCUGAGGAAUUGAAGGCUAAGACCGAAGAAUUGCAAACUUCCUCGAUGAAAUUGUUUGAGCAAUUGUACAAGAACGACUCUAACAACAACAACAGCAACAAUGCCGAAUCUGGUGAAACUAAGCAGUAA